CGGGUCGACCAAUAGAGCGACUUCGAAAAGCUCCCCCUUCUGUCACGUGACAGGACAAAACACAACAGUGAUUAGCAUAGCGUUGGUUAGUACUCACUCCUGUGCGACUUGACGUUGCAGUUUCUGAGGCACGUUUGCGUGGACAUACCCGAGUUCUUGUGGCAGUAUGAGCGCCCAGGCCGAUAGAGUGAUGGACCUAGCGGAGUGGGAAGGCCGCUGGCAGGAAGGAAGAAUCGGCUUUCAUCAGCUUCAUGUGCACAAGAUGCUGGAAAGUAACAUCGACAAAAUUCUAUGUGGAAGAAAGGGAAUUCGGGUUUUCUUCCCUCUCUGUGGAAAAGCUGUGGACAUGAAAUGGCUAGCAGACAUGGGCCACUCAGUGGUUGGGGUAGAAAUUUCCGAGAAGGGCAUCAAGGAGUUCUUUGAGGACCACAAUUUAAGCUACUCUGAGGAUUUGGUUCCAGGUAUACCAGGAGCCAAGGUGUUUAAGAGCUCUGAUGGCAAGAUAUCCUUAUAUCAAUGUGACCUGUUUAAAUUCUCCAGUGCCGUUGCAGGAAAGUUUAAUGGGAUCUGGGACAGAGGGGCCUUGGUGGCCAUCAACCCUUGUGACAGAGAAAGGUAUGCCGCCUUAAUAUUCUCUUUAAUGGACAAGGAUUGCCGAUACCUCUUAGACACUUUGCAAUACAAUCCAGAGUUGUAUAAAGGUCCACCAUUUUUUGUGCCUGAUGAGGAUGUUAAAACUUUAUACGGCAGGACCUGUGACAUUCAAUUACUGGACUCUGCUGAUGCCUUCGCAGACAAACACAGGGCGUGGGGCGUGGAUUACCUGAUAGAGAAAGUCUAUCUUCUCACUCCAAAUGUUAAAUAAAUUGCCAAGGUGUAACUAUUUGCAAGGUGUAACAAUAGGAACACAAGAACACACAUUAAAUUAGCACUUGUACCCAUUCA